CGUCUCUUCGAGUUUAUCUUUCAGAAGAAAACAGUGUCUGUGCAAGCUUCAUUGAAAUUGAAUUCAAUACCGACCGAUUUUAUGGUGAGUGCGUGAUCAGUAAAGUACGAUGCUACGUGUUCCUCAACUGUGUUAAGAAUGACGUCCUGGAUCGAUCAUUUUUACGUUAUAUUCUGUCUGGUGCAUCUUGGAACCUUCACUUCCGCAAUAUACGAUCCGAAAGAAAAAACAACGAAAGCGCCUAAUCGUCGUGAAUCAUCGUUGCCCUGGUAUCUCAACGAAGAAAAUCUACAGCCACCCGAUGAUUUAGCUCGAUCUGCUAAAUGGUGGAUUGACGUAGAAGAGAGUCAAACAAGAAAGCCUGUCAUUGUCAAUUCAGAGAGAAAAUCUUGGACGCCAUGGCAUAAAGCUUCUGGAAGCGAGAUAGAGCAACGCUCAGAGAUAACGAAUGAUCAAUUCGAACAGCAUCAUGAUCGAAAUCAAUUUGAUCAAAUUGAUGAUUGGAAGCCUUCUCCAGAAGAUCAAUACGAAGAUAGUUCUACUUCUAAAAAUAACAACGUUUAUCAAGAUCACAACAAUCCUGAAACUUCACCAAAGGAAUCAAAGCACAAGUUAUCUGUAGAUAACGAUCAAACUCUGUUAUAUGAAGGAGUCGGAAGUGAGAGCACGAAACCGAGAAAGGAGAGAAUCUUAUUCUUGUCUCAACCCAUAUUGAAAGUAGCGCAUUACGAUCCUCAAUUGGGUGUACAAUGUCCAAAUUUAGAAUCUACUGGCCAAUUUGUUUAUCCUCCCGAUUGUAAAUUCUUUGUUAACUGUUGGAAAGGCAGAGCGUUCGUUCAACCAUGUGCUCCUGGUACUUUAUUUAAUCCUGAGACAUUGGAAUGUGAUUUUCCGCAUAAAGUUAAAUGUUACGGCAUAGAAAUCUCUGAUCUUACACGUUACUCAAACGCAUAUUCUUUGAAGACCGAUGCGGAACGAGGGAAAUUACAAAAACCAAAAUGUCCAUCUCACGUGACAGGUCUAAUUGCACAUCCUACGAAUUGUGCUAAAUUUUUGCAAUGUGCCAAUGGAAUAACAUUCGAAAAAGAUUGUGGUCCUGGUACGGUUUUCAAUCCUACCAUCAGCGUUUGCGAUUGGCCUUACAAUGUGAAAGGCUGCGAAGAUGCGUUAAAGUCAAAAGAGGAUACAACAAAGAAUCCUGCAGUAUCACCGGAUCCAAGUUUUUAUAAUUAUGAUUCUCAUCACGGCCGUACUAAUAUUUUUGUUGAUCGAUCGAAAUAUAAUAUGCAAUCAUCCGCAAAAAAGAUCGAGUGUCCUGCGGAUUUCACAGGUUUAUUGCCUCAUCCAGAAACUUGUAAAAAAUUUUUGCAGUGUGCGAAUGGUUUUACGUAUGUGAUGGAUUGUGGACCAGGAACAGCUUUUAAUCCACUUAUAUCGGUGUGCGAUUGGCCUUACAAAGUACCAGCUUGUAAAGAGGAGGAAACUUUAAAGCAAGUUACGACAACGAACAGACCUUGGCCGCAACAUGGUCGAGGAGAUCCAGGGUCUUGGAACAAACAUCCUCGAUACAAUCACACUUAUAAUCGUUAUGAUCAUCAUGGUCAAGGUUCUUGGAAUACCGAAGUUCAGCCUGUAACAACGACUGAAUUGCCAAGGGUGACGUGGAGGCCGACUUGGAGACCGAUGAUUCAGAAACCAGAUUAUAAUCGACAAAAUCAACAUAAUUUCACGGGAUCUACCAAUGACCGCGAUAUUCAAAUCGAUAAUCCUCCGAAUCAUUAUCACGAUCAUUUUUCAGGACCAGGACAAUCUACGACUAAAGAGGAUUGUAAUACUACGAAUCAAAUGGCACAUCAUCAAGAUCCUUGUGAUCAACGUAUACAUUAUCAUUAUCAUCAUCAUUAUCAUCAUCAUAAUAAUGUCAACAAUUCCCAAUACGAAGGUGCUAAUAGAAGAAUAUCUGGACCUAAUGAACAUCAGCAAGGUUCUUCAACUUUACAUAGCACUGAAGGAACUUGGUAUCGAAAUCCUUUGAGUCAUGGAUACAAUCCUGAUGAAUUUGACAAGCAGCAAACAAAAAAUACGUUCAGUCAAAUCAAUAAUCAGUCAGGAGUUGAAUUAACAACGGUUGAAGAUACAUUGAUUCGGCGUUACACACCUUAUGGACCAAUUAGAAACAGAUUCAAUAGCACAGUUCAAACGCACAGUAGAAUCGAUCCUGAACUUCUUAAUAGAGAAACAAAUGAACCUACGACUUCGAAAAGAAACAUAUAUGUUGAAAAUAGUUACGAAUUACCCGAUGAGAUGAAAUCUCGAAAUAGAACGAAUAGAACUUUUGAUAUACGAAGUGGAAUAUAUUUCCAAAAACCGAAUCAAAAUAAUAUUACAUGGAAUCGAUCAACUUCACCCGAAAAUCGACCAUAUGUUUACGUUCCCAGUACGUCGAAUAAUCAAUCAAAUCAAUCACAAAUUCCUAAUCAACCACCGACCCGGCCAUGGAACCAAGGAUAUCAGCAUACGAAUGAAGAAGGUUUGUUCUCUAAGGAUGAAGAAUCAAGAAAAUAUAAAGAAAAUGAUACGAUCGAUGAAGAAGAAAAAUUACGCGAAUGGCUUGCGAGAACUAAUAUCCAGCAACAAACUACGAAUGACAAGGAAGCCGAUUCAAAAAUGGAUAAAUGGUUAACUAAAACCAAUGUAUAUCUACAAGCGAAAGGACAAGUACCGACAGGAGAUAGAAAUUCAACAGAAAUUUCUAAAAAACAAUUCUAUCCAUACGGAAUAUACGUUAAUUAUAAUGGUACAAAAGGCCACGUUAUCACAAAAGAGUUGGAGAUCAAUCAAGGACACUCGAGGACUCAAACUUAUAAUCAUAACAAUCAACAAACACCUUUCUCUUUUAAUCGAACUUAUGGCAGCAUUUACACACGUACGCCAUUACAUAAUCAAGAGGCUUCUAAGAGUCCUAUCGUUCCGAGUAAUCAUUAUCCUGUACGGUUUACUCCGAAUCCUGUAAAUAUUCCGCAACCAUCCGACGAUGAUUUUAUUAACCAUUCUUUCAAUCAGUCAAGAUCGACAGAUUUAAGAGGCGCGGCUAGUCAUCAUUCUACUGGGAAAGAUUUUCAUCCGGUUUUUAAUCAAGCUAUUGAUAGUACCAUCAAUCGAUCAAUUACAAUACCGCAGCUCGAUCCUCAUCGUGCAACUAAUCAUUCAAUUAAACAAUUCGACGCCUAUCCAUUAAUUUCCGAGAAUGGUAUAACGGAAAAGAUGCCGGAUGUUUAUUCAAAACCUUCCAAGAAGAAAAGCGUUCCUCUUUCGCAAAAUAUUCCAGAAAAUCAAAGCAGUACUACCGAUCCUAGUAUACCGGUCGAAUAUGAUACUGGUGAACCACAGUUUACCGAUACGAAAUUAACAUUUGAAAAUGAAGAUUCAACACCGAUACCCAACGAGGUUGUUUACGAAGCUGAUGUAGAUCCAUAUGACGUAGAUAUUCUAGAAAAUAAAGAAACUUGGAAGCCAGUAUUGGUUUUCGAAAAUAAGACUAAAACCGCGAACAAGAAUGAUUCCUCUGUUAUCAUGAAAAUCAAUAAAAAGAACACAGAGGUGGAUAUUUUUAAUAUAGAAGUAGCACCUUAUCAUGAUGAAGAACCUCCGUUUCCUGUAUACUACAUCCCACCAGUUCAGCCACUAUCGCAUUUAAAAAAGACUGAACCACCUACGCCGAUUUCAGGACAGAUUAUACGACUAAGAGGUGGUUCUAGUCCAGCAGAUGGCUACGUUGAAGUUCAAGGAGCUCAACCAGGUUGGGGAAUAGUUUGCGAUUCUAGAAAUAGUUGGAUGCUUAAAGAAGCUCAUGUAGUUUGCAGACAAUUAGGAUACACUAGAGGCGCCGAAAUGGCUUGGCAAGGAAGAAAUAAACGUAACGGAAUGCCAACUUGGAUUGCAGCGAAUUCUGUAACUUGUUCUGGAAGUGAAAACAGAUUUCAAUCUUGCAAAUUUACUCAUGGACAAGAGUGUCGCGUAGAAAGAGAUGCAAUAGGUGUCAGAUGUUUACCAAAUCGAAUAGCACAUUGUCGUAAAGAUGAAAUUCCACACGAAGGUCAAUGUUAUCACUUGGCCGAUUCUGAUACUAGUUUAAAUCAUGCAGAAGCACUUCAAUACUGUUCCAAAAGGAAUAGUCGGCUUAUUGAUAUUACGAGUCAAGCAGAAAACAACUUUGUGUCGGAAUGGUUGUUACAAUUGCAUCCAAUAAUCGGAUCGAUCAUGACUUCCGGAGUUGGUUUUACCACAUUCAAUAGGACUUUGUGGCUUUGGGAAGAUUCAAGUCGCGCAAAAUUUAAAUUCACAAAAUGGUGGCCAGGUUGGAUGGAAGAUAAGAAAUUGCCACCUUGGGUAGGUUCACGUCCAGCUUGUAUAAUUAUGAAACGAAAAUUUCCUUGUCACAAUCAUCCUGAUUCGAUUUGCGUCGCGGAUUACUUCUUUUGGGAUAUUGAAGAUUGUGCUACUUCUAUGAAGGGACAUUCCUAUAUUUGCAAAAGACCAUACGAUGACAUUGGCUGUGUUUAUGGUAAGGGCAAUCAAUACUUUGGAAUUGCAAAUGUAUCUACUUCAGGUAAAGAGUGCCUUCCUUGGGCUGAUAAGAGAGUUCUUCAUUAUCUCAAUGUAAAUGUAGUUAAUCGUGAAAUCAAAGAAAAAUUGCGAACUCACAAUUACUGUAGAAAUCCAAAUCCGGACAAAGAGUCCAGACCAUGGUGUUUUACAGGUUCUUAUGGAGAACAAGAAUAUUGCGAUAUUCCAUCUUGUGGAAAAAUUGGCUCGAAAAAAUUACUUUUAAGUGGUCAAUGUAAACCUAAACACUUCGAAUGUUUACCCGGAGAAUGUAUUCCAGCACCGUGGGUUUGCGAUGGUGAAGAAGAUUGUACGAACGGUGCAGAUGAACGAGCAUGUAUGGAUCAUUUGGAUCUUUAUCAGAAAUUUGCAAAGCACAGGCUUGAGGGAUACGAUGUCGAGAAAUGGUUGAAUACACCUUUAAAAACUUGUGCUCUAAGAUGUAAAGAAGCUGAUUUUACUUGUCGAUCAUUCGCUCAUAAGGCUAGUGGGAACAUUUGUUUGUUAAGUGAUAGUAAUGUGGGUUUGACAGGAGCUUUAAAGCCUACGAAGGAAUUCGAUUAUUAUGAAAUGAAAGAAAGAAGCAUUAAAUGUGACAAUAUGUUCAUCUGUGGAAAUCGCAAAUGUAUCAAUCAGACGUUGGUGUGUAAUGGAAAAAAUGAUUGCAACGAUCGUACCGAUGAAAAUAUCUGUACCGUGGAAAAUCUCGAUUAUGCUAUUCGGCUUGCUGGCUCGGAUAAUUUUGAUGAGGGUAGAAUCGAAGUUAAAAUUCUGGGCGUAUGGGGUCAAGUUUGUGACGAUGGUUUUGGUAUGAUUAACGCUGGAGUUAUUUGUAAAGAACUUGGUUUCCCGCUCGGAGCUUUGGAAAUUAAACCUGGAGGAUUUUACGGUAAUUUAGAUCCACCGAAUCGAUUUAUGGUGGAUCAAUUGAAAUGUCGUGGCAACGAAACAUCGUUGCGUGAAUGUGAUUUCGAAGGUUGGGGCGUUCAUAAUUGUCAACCGGAGGAAGCUGUAGGAGUAGUUUGCAAAACAGCAGUUGAUAGUUGUCAGGAAGGUCAUUGGAAGUGCGAGAACAGUCCGGAAUGUAUACCUAUAGCGUUUAUUUGCGACGAAGUUUUCGACUGUUCGGAUCAUUCCGACGAAAGUGACGAACAUUGCAACGCUCCAUUCGAAAUUCGUUUGGUAAAUGGUAGCAGUCCAAUGGAAGGCAGAGUAGAAAUUCGUCAUCACGGUAUAUGGGGAACGGUUUGUGACGAUGAUUUCUCUACUGCUACAGCCAGAGUAAUUUGUAGAUCUUUAGGAUAUGGUGGUAUUGCAAAAGCAAAAAAAGACAGUUUCUUUGGUCCUGGACAGGGACCUAUUUGGCUCGAUGAGGUUUUUUGUCAUGGAAACGAGACGCAAUUGAAAUAUUGCAAUCACGAUCAUUGGGGACGAAACAAUUGCGAUCAUAAUGAGGAUGCAGGUGUAAUCUGUUCACCUGGAGCCGUGAACAAUGACUCCGAGUUUUUCUCGGAAACGAUGACCGAUUUACCAGAACCAAAAAUUAAUGAUGUACUGCCAGCGAAUUGUGGGAAACGUUCGGAAGAUUUCAACGAUGACGAGGAUCUGAUAUUUGCUAAAGUGGUGCAUGGUUCGAUUGCCCCAAAAGGCACAUAUCCGUGGCAGGCCAGUAUACGAGUUCGAGGACAUAGUCGAUCCAAUCAUUGGUGCGGAGCGGUUGUUUUAUCGCCUUUGCACGUUCUCACAGCUGCACAUUGUUUAGAAGGCUAUAAUAAAGGAACCUACUUUGUUCGUGCUGGAGAUUACAAUACCGAAGAACAAGAAGGAACAGAGAAGGAAGCAAAUAUCGAAGAUUAUUACAUCCAUGAAGAUUUUCGUAAAGGUCAUAAAAUGAAUAACGAUAUUGCUUUAGUUUUGCUCAAAGGACGAGGUAUACCCUUAGGCAAGGAUAUCAUGCCGAUUUGCUUGCCACCAGAAAAUACGGAAUAUCCUGCGGGGCUGAACUGCACUAUCAGUGGAUUUGGUAGUAUUGAAACUGGAAAAACAACACCAUCGAGAGAUCUCAGAUAUGGCUGGAUACCGUUACUAGACCAAUCGAUAUGUCGUGCUGAAUAUGUUUAUGGUCAUGGCAAGAUCAGCGAUGGGAUGGUAUGUGCUGGAUACUUAGACGAAGGUGUCGAUACUUGCGAUGGUGAUUCUGGUGGUCCAUUGGCGUGUUAUCAUAAUGGUGCAUUUACAUUGUAUGGAAUCACGAGUUGGGGACAACAUUGUGGGGAAGCUAAUAAACCAGGUGUUUAUGUCCGAGUGGCGCAUUAUCGACGUUGGAUCGAUCAAAAAAUCAUGGAAUCUCUGUCAGGAAGAUAAACUCAUAUCAAAAUUAAUUAGUUCGACGAACGAGAUUGUGUAACCAUAAUCUUCGUAGUGUACCUCAAUAGAAAGGGACAACGGAGCAGCACUUUCGGAAAGGAAUUUUGGGUGAUGCUUUUUCGUAUAUCAAUCGCGAAUCGAUCGACUCGCUUCCAUAAUUUUUAUCGUCGUAAUUGUCGUCAUUAGAAUCUAGCCGAUCGAAAGUUAAUCGCGAUUAUCGUCGCGUUAUAUCGGAUUUGUAGAAAAAUGUGUAGUACGCUAUAUAAAAAAUUGAAGUGAUCGGUGCUGCUCGUAAGAAAUUAGUUGAGACGGAUGGAAACUCAUCGAUUUUUUUUUUUAAAUCAUCAUUAUUUGAUAUUAGAAGGGCGGGAUGGAUUUUUGAACACGGAUUGAGCGAGGAUGAUCAAAUGAUCACGGUGAAAAGAUAUGAAUAUUGACAAUGCGACGAUUAAGCGGCUUAAAUGGUACGGUGGUACUUGUAUAUUUAUGUACUUACGAUAAAUGUGCAUGUGUAUAAUUGUCGAUGAUUGUUAUAUCCUAUCUACAUGAGAAAAAAACUCCUUGAGUCAUCAUCGAGCAUUCGGACACUUUGUUUUGCCGGAUAGGAUGUAGAGAUUCUUUGAAAGAUCGUACGAAAGUUUAUCAAGAAGUAAAGAAAACAGUUUGUUCGUUUGUUUUUUUCUUGUUGGAUCUACGUUCCACAAUUCGUGUUAAAGUGCAUUAUUUUCGAGACGACGAUGAUAAAAUUGAUGAUAUCCAACGAGACGAAUAACGAAAAACGAUGUCUACCUCGAAAAAUUCGUUAUCGUUACUGCUUAUCGUACAGAACUCGUACGUAUAUAAACGUAUAUUUACUGUCAUUUAUGUUAUGACGAAUGUCAUAAUAUAUUUAUCGUUUCCAUUAUUUUAUACGAUAUCAUACUAUAACGAUGUAUCUUUAUAAAUUUUUUCUCAAGAA